AUUGGUCCAAGCCGUUUGGCGCCUCUUGAAUCUGCUGCUGCGGCCGCGGUGGGCGGUGCGCGAGGACGAGCAGCCGUUUGAACCGAGGCGGAAACAUUGACACCGGACGACUUGUUUAACGGGCUAACGGCUGGAACCCAACGGUUGAAACGGCGCCGUUCCCCCGCCCGUAUCACACGGUGUGUUUUUGUUCCGAAGACAGAGCCCGGCUUCCCUUUGUUCUGUUGGCCGACUCCGGGUGCGUGAAGCCGGCGUCGAGCGAAGUGACUCGCUCCCUCCUCCGGAGCUAACUAGCGAGCUAGCCGCGGAGCUAACGCUACAGCUAGCCGGCUAACCCCCCUCCACCCCCUCCCUCCCCCGGACACAAAGGACGAGUUCGGGCCGGUGUUCGUCUCCUCGCCCCCGGUGAAUGAGGACUGACCCUCCGGUGCAGGUUGAUCAUGGUGCUGACAGGGAAGCGCUCGGAGAAGGGUCCCGCCUGCUGGAAGAGGAGGGUGAAGUCUGAGUACAUGAGGCUGCGGCAGCUCAAACGCUUCAGGCGGGCCGAUGAGGUCAAGGUGUGGUGUCUGAACGGAGCUUGUAUGAAGAGCAUGUUCAACACCAACCGUCAGAAAAUCAUGGAGCGAACUGACAUCUUGAACCAGGAGUGGAAGACCAGGCGAAUCCAGCCAGUUCACAUCAUGACGUCCGUCGGCUCCUUGAGAGGCACCCGAGAGUGCACAGUGGACAGCGGCUUCUCCGAGUUCCCCAGGCAGGUCAUCCCCCUGAAGACUCUCAACGCCGUGGCCUCGGUCCCCGUCAUGUACUCGUGGUCGCCGCUGCAGCAGAACUUCAUGGUGGAGGACGAGACGGUGCUCCAUAACAUCCCCUACAUGGGAGACGAGAUCCUGGACCAGGACGGUACUUUCAUCGAAGAGCUCAUCAAGAACUAUGACGGCAAAGUCCACGGAGACAGAGAGUGCGGCUUCAUCAACGAUGAGAUAUUCGUGGAGCUUGUCAGCGCUCUGUCACAGUACAGCGACAACGAGGAUGACGAGGAGGAGGAAGAACAGGACUUCAAGGUGGACAAGAUGGAGCUGUGCGACAGCAAGGAGCAUCCCGAAGACGCCCGCAAGGACGGACUCAUCAACAACGAGAGCCGGACCAGUAAUGACAGCACCAAGAAGUUUCCCUCUGACAAGAUCUUUGAAGCCAUCUCCUCCAUGUUUCCUGACAAGGGCUCCACCGAGGAACUCAAAGAGAAGUACAAGGAGUUGACGGAGCAGCAGCUUCCCGGCGCGCUGCCCCCUGAGUGCACGCCGAACAUCGACGGUCCGAACGCUCGCUCGGUGCAGCGCGAACAGAGCCUGCACUCCUUCCACACUCUGUUCUGCAGACGCUGCUUCAAAUACGACUGCUUCCUGCACCCUUUCCAUGCAACUCCAAACACCUACAAGCGCAAGAACUUGGAGAACCUGGUGGACAGUAAACCCUGCGGCAUGGACUGCUACAUGUACCUGGUCCAGGAUGGGAUGGUGAGCGAGUACCCUGCAGGCGUUGUUGCAGAGCGAGCCAAGACGCCUUCCAAGCGCUCCGUGGGCCGUCGCCGCGGACGACUGCCGAACAGCAACAGCCGGCCCAGCACCCCGACCGUUUCCUCGGAAACCAAAGACACGGACAGCGACCGCGAGGGCAGCAAAGAAGACGAGCGAGACAACGACAAAGACGAUGAAGACAAGAAGGACGACAACACCAGCAGCUCAGAAGGCAACUCUCGGUGUCAGACUCCAGUGAAGAUGAAGCUGACCGGCGAGGCGGAAGCGGUGGAGUGGAGCGGGGCUGAAGCCUCUCUGUUCAGGGUCCUCAUUGGGACGUACUACGACAACUUCUGCGCCAUUGCACGGCUCAUCGGCACCAAGACCUGCAGACAGGUUUACGAGUUCAGGGUCAAGGAGUCGAGCAUCAUCGCUCGAGCUCCUGCUGAAGACGAGGACACACCGCCUAGGAAGAAGAAGAGGAAACAUAGAUUGUGGGCCACUCACUGCAGGAAGAUCCAGCUGAAGAAAGAUGGCUCAUCCAAUCACGUGUAUAACUACCAGCCAUGUGACCACCCCCGGCAGCCCUGCGACUCCUCGUGUCCUUGCGUCACCGCUCAAAACUUCUGCGAGAAGUUUUGUCAGUGCAGCUCUGAGUGUCAGAACCGUUUCCCGGGCUGUCGGUGCAAAGCUCAGUGCAACACCAAGCAGUGUCCCUGCUACCUGGCGGUGAGGGAGUGCGACCCCGAUCUGUGCCUGACCUGCGGCGCUGCAGACCACUGGGACAGCAAGAACGUGUCCUGCAAGAACUGCUCCAUUCAGAGAGGCGCCAAGAAGCAUCUGCUGCUGGCCCCGUCAGACGUGGCCGGUUGGGGCAUCUUCAUCAAAGAGCCGGUCCAGAAAAACGAGUUCAUCUCCGAGUACUGUGGAGAGAUCAUCUCUCAGGAUGAAGCAGAUCGCAGAGGGAAAGUCUAUGACAAAUACAUGUGCAGCUUCCUCUUCAACCUCAACAACGACUUUGUUGUUGACGCCACGAGGAAAGGCAACAAGAUCCGCUUUGCCAACCAUUCUGUCAACCCUAACUGCUAUGCAAAAGUGAUGAUGGUGAACGGGGAUCACAGGAUAGGAAUCUUUGCUAAGAGAGCCAUCCAGACUGGAGAGGAACUCUUCUUUGACUACAGGUACAGCCAGGCCGACGCUCUGAAGUACGUCGGGAUCGAGCGAGAGAUGGAGAUCGCCUGACUCGGACUUCUACCUCCUGUGGAUCAAUGACACAAAGGCCUUACACUCAAACACAAACACACCUUCACUUCAGGAAAUCCUGGCGACUUGUCAAAAUGCUAGAAAGCUUCAGGAAAACUGGGAAUAUUUGAAGCUGAAUUUUGAUGCUGUUUUUUCUUUUUUUCGCCACCUUGGGCUUUAAAAAAACAAAAAAAAAUCUUUUCGUAUCUGUCUUCAUUUUUCUUCUUGUGAUUUUUACUGUCAACAAAUCCUCCUCUUCUGUCGAGGCGUGAGUCUCGGAUUCCUUUAAAAAAAAAAAAAAAAAAAAAUUUCCCUCACCUGAAGCUCCGAACUGAAAUAAAUGUUUUUACGGUGAGAGGAGACGAACCCACGACUCGCUUCAGGGACCAAAAAUCCUCCACCAGCCGCUCUCACACAACACGACUCGGACUCUGGACUUUGUACCGUGUGCCACACGUGGGUCAGCUGUCAUGUUGUGUGUUUUUGUUUUUUUUAUACAGUGUGAACUGAACCAGCCACACACUCCUCAGAGUGCCAGAUCUGUCUGUCUGUCUGUCAAACGGGGCGUUCACAAAGCCGAAUCGAAGCAGAUCUCACACACACGGGUUUGUUUUCAUAUUUUAGAGUGACGCCGUCUGCACAGCUGAAAGGAUUUAUCAGUUAAUCGGAAACAACAAGUGACGAACAUUCUGAUUCCAGCUCCUCUGAUGUGAAUAUUUUCUGUUUUUCUUGGUCGUGUUUUGUUAUAAAGUUUAGAUUUUUAGGUACGUCAAUAAGUUCAAUCUUAUAAAAAACCUUUGGCUUUAGAUGAAGCCUGAAAAUAACUUCUGUUUAUCAGUUAACCUGUUUAUCAUUUUUCUUAUUUUUUAUUAAUCAUUUAAUUUAUUGGCACAUAAAAUGUCAAUAGUGAAAAAUCAAAAAAUAUUCAGUUUCUAAUGAAGCUAAAGACGCUGGACAAUGUUUCUGUAUUUUUGCUUCAUUGUUGGAGUAAUUUAUCAACAUUGUUGCUUUUUUUGUCUGGCGAAAACUCGAAAACUAAUCUCAGCCUCUAAAACUGUCUGAGACAUGACGGGGAGUAUUUCUCUUCUAUAUAUUUUAUUGGAUUUCGUUAAUAAAUUUUUAAAAGUUUAAAAUUAUGUGAGAAACGAGAAAUUAGGAGCAAGACUUCUCCACUCGUCCGAUCAUUGGUCCAAAACUCAAAGAUAUAAAACAGAAAAUUCUCACGUUUUGGGAAGUUCGAACCGACAGAUUUCACAAAAGUUUUGUUUAUUUUUCAUAUAUUGCUGAUUUUAUUCAGUCAGGUUUUUAUUUUGGAGACCUCGUGAUGCCUUCAGGGCCUUCUUAAAAAUCCCGUUGUGAUCGUCACGUGCAGAGCGCUGCAUGUUAACAAACCUUUGAAACACAGGUGACGACUCUGCUUCGUGACGCCGCCGCUGCUAACGUGACACCAGAACCAGCACCACUUCACCACCACCACAGGAAACUCGCACUCUGAACCUCUUUGUGAGGGUUUAGUUUCCUGUUGUGAGUACACGCUUCUCUCCUCAGACUCAAACCAAAACCACCCGCUGAUACCGAUGAAGGGAUGCAUUCAUGUUGUCCUCCGACGCUCUGUCGACUCUCCCCGUCUGCUGAAGGCUUCCCAGCAGCACCGCGUUCGAGUCCAGUUUGGAUCAGAUCAGCAGAUCUGUUAGUCUCUUUAGGUUUGUCAUGAAGGUCUGUGAGCUGAAGUGAUGCGUUCAAAUGUUUCACAAAAACAACCAAAGCCAAAUAAUCGGUUAUUAAAAUUGUAGCCACUUAAUUUUCUGUGAUGUCACAGCUUCCUCGAGUCCAUGCUCGAGACGCUCGAAUGAGAUCAGUCGUCGCUGUUUGAGCUCGUCUGAAGCUCUGGAACAAAUGAGUCGAGUCGUCGUUAAAAGCUGCUGAGCUGUGCAGACGGAAACUCUAAAAUACGAAGCAGUCCUGAGGUGUCUGUAGAUGUUGAACCCUGCCGUGCCCCCACUCUCUGCUGUGCCUUGAGUCCUGAACAGAUCCCUCGCGCUCUGUAGAUCAGCCCGAGUGUCUGAUUAUUACCUUCCUGCAUGAUGAAGACGUUUUGAACGCCCCCUCCCCCAUCUCCACACACAGAGCGACUGUACUGCCUCCUCCUCCACGUGAUGUCCAAUCAGUAUCAUGUAAUCGUAAUAGAGUUCCACUUGUUAAGGAAGCCUUUUAUUAGUAUACCAACAAUCACACUUUGACUCUUUGAAUCUGUUCUGGUGCUUAGAGGAUUGUUACCGCAGACUCUCGGCCUGGCAUCUGGCCGACUUGAAGCAAUACCAGCCUCCUUUUUCCCCCUCACCUUCUUAAGAUCCACCUGUAAUUUAUCACACUUCACAGAGACAGACAGAGGGACGUCUCAUGCUGCUGUGAUGUCUGUAGUUGAUGGAUGAAAUGAUGAAAUGACUUCAGGGGCUCUGAAACCUGGUGCUUCAAUCGCGGGAGGGUUCCUACACACGAACUGCUCCGGGAGAAAUUUGGACGUUUAAUGUGCAUGAAAAUCUGAUGUCUGUUUGAAUGUGUAGGAACCCUUUUGUUUGUUUGUUUGUUUUUAUGUAUAAAAGUCGUCACAAACCUUUUACUGCUGAUUUAAAUGAGCCUUCCCGUGUUCCUCACACCCUCACAGUGUCGACGCAUCUGAAUCGGUGAACACUGAACCUCCACAGCAGCUGACGUGUCCAUCAGCUCCUGUGGACAAUUCACUGAGGAACCAGCAACUCUCAAAGGUUGAUGGUCGGCUGUGUGUGUGUCUGUGAUUGGAGGGCUGGGUAACACAACAGCCAGAGCUCUAAAGUAUCUGCAGUGUUUGAACAAACUCAAAUCUGAUUCUUCAAACCGUGAAAACACACGUCUCAUUGCAGAGUUACCCGGCCCCGGCUGCAGGUUAUUUAUCGUUUCAGACGUCCACCUGCGUUAACUUUUCACUUCUUCUUCUUGUCAAACCAGGACCACUUUGUUUUUUUUCCUCUGAUGACACAGGUGCUGAUUUUGUAAUGUUUACAGGGAUUUUGUUGUUCAAAGUGAUGCAGAUUAAAAUAUUAUAAAUGGUU